UACAGAGUGAGCUGUGAUUGGUCAGAGCUUGUCACAUGGUACAAGGCUGUUGUGAAUAGCCUUGUACCAUGUGACCUCUGUGAUCAUUCACAGAUUUCACACGUAGUAAGCAAUGAUGUCAGAAGUGACAUCUUGCUUACUACUCUGCAUGUGAUCACUGAUUGGCCAAUCAGUGAUCACAUGAUCAGGACCUCGCACAGAGGUCCUGUACGACGAUCCGUGUUCUUCUGUGUCCGGAGGAGACAGCAGGCACCAGAUCGCGGUGCUGCGUGCUCCCAGGGAGCGUGCACAAGCAGGGGGUGGGGAGGCCAUUUAUAAACGGCCACCCGACCCUGCACUGCCACCGUCUGGCCGUUUAUAUACAACGGCUGGACAGGAGGUGGUUAA